CGGAUGACUGGCUGGUAUAUCCAUGGUACUGUGGAUGUUGAAGCCUAGAAUCGUAUAGACUGGAGUCAUGUCGAUUUGACUAUGCUUUGAUCUAAUCAACACGAAUCAGUGUCAAUAUGUUGAGUCUGUUUAAUACGAUACUAAUAUGGAUUCUGCUAAUUACUACUAUACACACUCGAUCUGUCCCUCCUAAUGUCCGGAGUUUCUACAACAAAGUCAAGAAUAAACCCUGCACACAUCCUAUCAAGACCGGAUUUCGUGAUGGCCAUGGGAAUUCAGGAAUCACCUACUGCGGCGACCACAAAGGCCUCGUCUAUCUGACAGGAGAUAUGGACGUCGGCUGUGAUGGUUUCGACAACACCGAAGGCAAAUGCACCAACGACCCCUCUGGCCAGAGCAACACAGCCUUCCAAGACACCGUCAGACAACACGGCAUCUCCGACCUCAAAGCCAACAUCCACAGCUACAUCGUCUUCGGGAAUACCGGUGCAACGCCCUCAUUUAACCCACAAAGUGUGGGGAUGAAGCCGUUGAGCGUGAUGCUGGUCGUGUGCAAUAACCAGCUCUUUUACGGGGUGUGGGGGGAUACAAACCACGGGGUUGAGACCGGGGAGGCGUCGAUUUCGCUCGCCACGGCGUGUUUUCCUCGUGAUAGCAUCACGGCCGAUCAGGGACAUACGGAUCAUGAUGUGCUCUAUAUUGGGUUCACGGGGAAGGGGACGAUUCCUGGGAAGAGAGGGGCGAAGUGGAGAGCCAAGUCGUUUAAGGAGUUUGAGGCUUCGUUGGCGCGGAUUGGGGAUAAACUUGUGAAGAGAGUAUGAUUGCUGAAGAGAUUAGAAUAUAGAGCG